AUGGAAAUUCCUAUCAGACUGGCCGCCAUGAUGGUCCUGCUGGUGACAGUGACAGCGCAUCCACACAGAAGGCACUGCCACAUGUCCAGAUACAGAUCUGUGUCCCCCAGUGAUAUAAGGGCAGUCAGACGCCUGCACAAUGAACAUGAGAAAAGCCCUUUCAGCGAUGGGAUAAAAUGUCAGAAGAAACUGUUUCGCCAGAAGGCGUCUGUAUGUGACCUGAAGGCAAGUGACAGACUGAUUCUGACUCUGGAGAGAGUUACCAUGGCUGUAGAUGUGCUGACAAACAUAACAGACUCUCCACUUAGUGAAUUCGUAUCCAAGCCGCUUGAGUUUUUCCAUAGCCUGGAAGAUGAUCUGAAGCACUGUAGGAAGUCUCCAUUGUACAGUGACCCUCCCUCCCAACAGCUGAUGCCAUGGCUGAACCAUCUCAAGCAUUUCAGGGAAAGGGUUUCCUCUCAGUGUGUGCAGGAUGCCGUGUUACUCAGCCUAACCCAGCUCCUAAUUGAAGAUGUAAUGUGUUGGGCUAAUAAGGAAUAA